GUAAAGCAAACAUAAAGCCAAACCUACUCCACAAACACUUGCAUACACCGAUGAGGCGAUUGACAGCGAAUGAUCCAACACCAACUCCCUUCGAGCCGACCUUGCACAUGUUGCGAUCUGAGUCUCCCUUCCACUUCUGCAACCGAUCCCAAGCUCCCCACAAAGCUUAGGCAGAACACCACGGAUUAGCUCCGGCUCCGCAACCGCAGAGCUGCUGUGCGCCAUGGCAUCGCCGACGAACGGAGCGCUGGAGCGGUGCAAGAGCGCCAUCACGGCCGCCACGUCCGUCGUAGGCGCGGCCAUGCUGCUGCGCCGGCUCGUCGCGGACGUCCUACCGGCGGGCACGCCCCUGGUGGGCGCGCUGCUCCUCCUCCCGCCGCCAUCCGCCCGGCGCCACGCCGUGCUCAUCGAGGAGUUCGACGGCGCCUUCUACAACCGCGUCUUCGUCGCGGCCAGGGCGUACGUCUCCACCCUCCUCGCCGCGGCGCCAGGCGUGCCGCUGCUGAAGGCCAGCCUGCCCCGCGGCGCCGGCGCGGACCAGAUCACGCUGGCCAUGCGCCCCGGCACGGCGGUCGUCGACGUGUUCCAAGGGGUGGAGGUGACGUGGCGCCUAGGCAGCCAUGGCGGCGGGCCGCGUCGGGCGUCGGGCGGCGCUGGCGAGGUGUUCAGGCUCAGCUUCGACGGGCGGCACAAAGACGUGGUGAUCGGCGCCUACCUGCCGUUUGUCAUGGCCCGCGUCGAGGCCAUGUCCCGGGAGCAGAGGCACGCCAAGCUGUACAGCAACGAGUGGGGCAAGUGGCGCCCCGUGAGGCUCCGAAACGCCUCGACGUUCGCGACGCUGGCCAUGGACGCCGUGCUGCGGCAGGCCGUGGUGGACGACCUGGAAAUGUUCCUGGGCCGGAAGGAGUACUACGAGCGCACGGGGAGGGCGUGGAAGAGAGGCUACCUCAUCCACGGGCCGCCCGGCACCGGCAAGUCCAGCCUGGUCGCCGCGAUCUCCAACCACCUCCACUUCGACGUGUAUGACCUCGACCUCAGCGGCGUCCGGUCGAACACGGAGCUGAGGAAGCUGCUGAUUCGAAUGAAGAACAGGUCCAUACUGUUGAUCGAGGAUGUCGACUGCGCGGUGGCGGCGGCGCCGCGGAGGAAAGCUGACGGUGGCUCCGACGAGAGCCGCCCGACUUACAAGAAUCACAAGGUCACUCUGUCCGGCCUGCUCAACAUGGUGGACGGGCUUUGGUCGAGCAGCGGCCACGAGCGCAUCCUCAUCUUCACCACCAACCACAUGGAUCGACUCGACCAAGCGCUACUCCGGCCGGGCCGGAUGGACAUGCACAUCCACAUGGGCUACUGCAGCUUUAGCGCCUUCAAGGAGCUCGUAGUCACCUACCACAACAUCGACGGCCACCACCCCCUCUUCCCGGAGAUCGAAGCGCUGCUGCGGGAGGUGGACGUGGCGCCGGCAGAGCUCACGGAGAAGCUACUGGCAACGGAUGACGUCGACGCCGCGGUUGAGAUGGCCGCGAAGCUGCUGAGAGACAGGAAGGCGGGAGCUACGGAGGAUGGUGGGUACGUCAAACAGAAGUUGCAUAUGGGGCCUACGCGUCCCCGCUCGCGGCCAAUGCCAGUGUCGGUGUCGGUGCCGGCACCUAGCCGGCGCGUACCGAGUUCCGUGAGACGGAUGGUGUUCGACGAGGUAAUACCAUUAGGUGUAUCACGCAGACAAGGGAGUGGGACAGGACAUCGUGGCGGCGGUGGAGUGCAUGGGCGAGGGCGGGGGCGGCGGUAGACCUGUGUACAUAGGAAAAUGCAAAACUCUUGUUACAUCUAUAUCUAUGUCUAUUUUUCUUAUUUGAUAAUUAUUUAUCUAUUAUUUUUCUCA